AUGCCGGCGGCUGUCAUUUGGGUUUUAUUCUUCGUACAAUUGGCACAGGCCGCGUUCGAAGUACCUUGUACUCGUAAGUUGAACAGUUUUUGAGUUUUUGAAGUUUAGGUAAUAAAAGCAAGGUGUUUGAAUAGGAGCGGCAAAUUAUAAAAUUUUAAAAUUUUUCAAUUUGUUUGAAAAAAAAAUUUUUCUACUCUUUCCUUCCCUACCUUAUGCUUUAUACUAGUCUAUACUUCUCUACCUUAUUAUCUUAUUCUACCAUUCCUUACUCUAACGUAACCUCUUUAGCAUACUCGGUCAUGCCUUACCCCAGCCUUGUCCUAGCUUUGCCCUAGCCUUGCCCUAGCUUUGCCCUAGCCUUGCCCUAGCUUUGCCCUAGCCUUGCCCUAACCUUGCCGUAGCCUUGCCCUAGCCUUGCCGUAGGCUUGCUCUAGCCUUACCUUAGCCUUGCCUUAGCCUUGCUUUAGCUCUGCCCUACUCUUGCCUUAGCUUUGCCUUAGCUUUUCUUUAGCUAUGCCUUGCCCUAUCCUACUCUACCUUUCUUGCCUUAUCCUAUCUUGCUUUAUUCUAGCUGUUUUUUGGCUUUUCCCAGUCUUGCCCUAGUCUUGUUCUGGCCUUACCCUAUCCUCACUUUACCACAAUUCAAUCCCAAUUUUGUUAUAUUAACGCAAGUUCCAUCUUAUCCUACCCAAACUACUAACAAUUUUAAAACCAUUUCCCCAUACUCUAACUAAAAUAAAUUCUAGAAAAGCUAAUCCGCUCCAAAUGUCUCUUCGACGAAGAAUGUUACGGUCAAAAUACAGUAUGUAAAGAUGGUCGUUGUUCGUGUCCGACUAAUUUCGAAGAGUAUGAUAUAGAUGAUCAAAGGACAGUUUGUCGGUUGGCACCAGCCAAGAUUGGUGACUCCUGUCAACGGGACUGUAAACCGCCAUUGCUCUGCAGGGAUGGUAAAUGUGAAUGUUGGGGUGGCAGUGUGGUCAAGGGGAAGUGCACUGUUCGUAAGUUUUUGAAACUUUAUUUUUUGAAUUUUAGAGUGUAGAAACUUUGUUUACAGAGGUAUUUUUGAGGAUUUAGGAUAAAAUACGUUUAUUUAUUAAACAAUUUUAAAAAAUCUUUCGAUUUUUUUUAAAUUCAAAUUGUUUAAUUUUUUUUAAUUUUUAAAAAUUCCAAUUUUUUUAGCCUGCCCGCCCGGCCAACAACUAUACGGUGUAGAGUGUACUCGUGUAGCACAUUGGGGACAGCAGUGUGAAAAGGACUCACAUUGUGUUGAUCCUUUCAAUUCUUGCAUCGGUACCACUUGUCAAUGUGCUCCAGGAACCCACAGAGACCCUGCUACUAAUAAGUGUUUUGCUAGUAAGUUAUAUUAAUAAAAACAUAGUUUCACGAAACGUAUUUUACAAAAAAAAUUUUUUUACAAAUUGUUGAAAAUAGCAAAAUGAAGAAACUUUCUUUACAAAACAAAAAAUGACAAGAACUUUCUUUACAAACCAAAAAACACGUUUUGUCGUAUAAUUUGUCACCUGCAGGUUGCGUGUUACUAUAAACGAGCUUUUUACUUGUUAUUGCAAGAACUUUCUUUACAAAACAAAAAACGGCAAGAACUUUUUUUACAAAACAAAAAAUGGCAAAAACUUUCUUUACAACCCAAAUUUUAGCCUGCCCAGAUGGAAUGCACCCACGCCAAUCUUGUCGUCGGUUAUUCAUUAACGACGUAGACAUGCUUGACAAUGCUGCUACAACCGACUCAUGUUCUACUGGCUUCAGAUGUGUGACAUACGGUUCACCAUACAUUGGACAUUGUUGUAGACUCAAGUGCCCUUAUGGGGAUCCGGAUCUGACGUAGGUUAAGAUUAGUUUGGGUUUUUUGCAAAAAAUUUUGUUUACAAAAAAGAAAAUGGCGAGAACUUUCUUUACAAACUGAAAAGUGGCAAAAACUUUCUUUGCAAAAUGAGAAAUGACAAGAACUUUCUUUACAAAGUCAAAUAUGGCAAAAACUUUCUUUACAAAACAAAAAGUAGCAACAACUUCCUUUACAAGGUGAAAAAUGUAAACUAUCGUAUAACUUGUCACCCGCAGACUGCAAAACCCUUUUCUCUUAAAAAAAGCAAUAACAUGGCGAGAACUGUCUUUACAAACAAAAAUAGCAAAAACUUUCUUUACAAGUCUAAAAAUUGCUUAAUAUCUUAAUAUCUCUAGAAUUCGUAUUUUACAAAAAAAUUUAAAAAAUCAAUAUUGUAGUCAAUCCUGUGACGCCGCAUCUCCAGAAGAGCAAAAGUGUCGUAAACUGACACAUUUCUGUUUUACCGUCUCUGAACCAGGAUGGAAGACAUCGUUAUGUUGUCCAUUACCAUGUAGAGACCCAACUCCCAUCUACAGUAAUGGCCAAUGUCUAAGUGUGGCGCAUCGUGACGACCCAUGUCAAGACGACACUCAAUGUGAAGGUGGAGUGGCAAUGCAAUGUCUCGGUGGACAAUGCCGAUGUCGGCUUGGGUUUAAGGAGGUAAGGAGAAACUGAAAAAUUAAAAACGCAAGAAAUUUGUUUACAUAGCAAAGAAAUAGCAAAAACUUUCUUUCCAAACAAAAAAAACAAAAACUUUUUUUAUAAAACAAAAAAUGGCGAUAACUUUCUUUAAAAAGCUAAAUCUGGCAAAAACUUUCUUUCCAUGUUAAAAAAAUGCCAUUCCAGACCAACGACGACCGCUUCCCCUCAUGUCAUAAGUCCUGCCCUUUAGACGAAGUUCCAAUGGCAGAUAAAUGUCUGCUAAAGUCAACAUUAGGGGAUCGUUGCCUAACUUCAAAACAAUGUCCAGAAUUCGCGGAAUGUCGUUAUGGGCUAUGUCAAUGUCAAUGUGGAUACAAACAAGCCAAUUUCAUUGGCGGAGUACGAUGCACAAAUCCAGAUGAUCCGCUUAAUAUAAAUACCUUCUUGAACGGAGUUGAACAACUUUUUGGACAGAAACAAAGGGGCUUUAAUGGACCUUGA